GCGAACUGGUGGCAGUACGGAGUGGUAGCGCCGAGCUCAGUAUAACUAAAAGAACCCAACGCGUCCACAUCGAGCGACUUUAGUAAAGGGAGAUAAAGAGAGAGAGCCUGCACCUUAAAACCAGUCGUUGUAUCUGGAAAGGGUCGCCGCAGCCUGGAGGGGGAACGAGGGAUUUGAUCAGCACCGUUAUUUUUUAUUUUGUGUUUUCUUUUUCUUUUCUUUUUUUCUGGAGAAGGAUUGUGAGCGUUUGUGUGCAAAGAUGAUGGUCGGGGAGAUGGAGGUGAAGGAGAGACCGAGGCCGAGUCCCGACUAUCUCAUGCAGUUAUUGAACGAGAAGAAGCUCAUGACGAGUUUACCGAACCUGUGCGGCAUCUUCACACACCUGGAGAGACUCUUGGACGAAGAGAUAAACAGAGUGAGGAAAGACAUGUAUAACGACACAGUGAACGGUCUGGUGGACAAACACCCCCUGGAGUUACCAGAGCCAGUGGGACCCAUCAUACAUCUGCAGGAGAAACUCUUUGUACCUGUCAAAGAGUAUCCAGAUUAUAAUUUUGUAGGGAGAAUUCUUGGUCCUCGUGGACUCACAGCAAAGCAACUGGAGGCAGAGACUGGCUGCAAGAUCAUGGUGAGAGGGAGGAGCUCCAUGAGAGACAGAAAGAAGGAGGAGCAGAACAGAGGGAAACCAAACUGGGAGCACCUAAAUGAAGAGCUGCACGUGCUGAUCACAGUGGAGGACACACAGACACGUGCUGAGGUUAAGAUGAGAAGAGCUGUCGAAGAGGUCAAGAAGCUACUGGUGCCUGCAGCAGAAGGAGAAGAUAAUCUAAAGAAGAUGCAGCUGAUGGAGCUGGCCAUUCUGAACGGAACAUACAGAGACACCAACAUCAAAACGUCCACCCUUGCGUUCUCUCUUGCAGCAGCGGCAGCAGCCGCUCAAGGUCCGCGUCUGAUCGCGGCUCCUGCAGGUCAGGUCCUCCCCCCAUCUGCCCUCAGGCCCCCAACUCCGGCAGGGACCCCCAUCAUGAACCUCAUUCGGCCCACUCAGAUGGCCACCAUGCUACCUAAUGGCACCCCUACCCUGGUGCCCCCAACGCCAGACGGAGGCAUUAUCUACACCACACCCUAUGACUACCCUUAUGCCUUGGCGCCCACAUCUCUGCUGGAAUAUCCCAUCGAGCACAGUGGAGUCCUAGGUAAGCGGGUGUGGGGGCUUGGCACUUCACUCUUCGGUGCCCCACAAGAGGGUACUGUCGGGAUGUUUUACGGGGGGAUGUUCGAUGGCUGGUCAUCCGGCCCAGUUCAGGACUCACUGAGAGGUGCAAUGGCUACUAAAGUGCGGCGACAUGAUUCAAGGGUCCAUCCUUACCAAAGGAUAGUGACCACAGACAGAGCCGCCACCGGCAACUAACAAAUGAACUCUGAACUCUUCACCCAAUGAUGAGCCGCCCGAGCCUGCCUGCUGAUCAGAUUAACUGGUAAUUGCCUUUUGCUAGCCUGGUGGACGCAGAGAGAGAGAGGCACCUGUCCGAGCAGUGAUCCUAACAUAAACCAACAUAAAACACAACAACCCUCCAUACCAACACAUUGUGUAGCGAUAACAACGAUGAUACUCUUUAUUAUUUGAUGUUGUUUUUUAUUAUUAUUUCUUUCUUUUUCUUUUAAAAUCUGAUUGGGUGAAUUGUAACAGUGAUGUUGCAUUUCCCGAAAAUCUGCACUGAAGUUUAAAAGCAAUAAAGAAGCGUCUUCUGCUAAUUCAGCCCUUAAUACAUUUAUACGCAAAAUAAAUGUAAAAAUAAUAAAAAAAUAAGAGUGAGAAAGAAAUAGAAAGCUUGGUGACCCUAGUUUUAUCAGUCAUAAUGAUAAACGGGACAUCAGCAUCCAGAUUGUCUAUACGCUACCCAACCCAUGUAAUCUGUUACUAUAAAUCAGAAAAAGAAAAAGAAGGAAAGAAAUCUGCACUCACACCAACUUGUGUAUUUCCUGUCCUUCUCUGAUGUAAUCCUGUGUUUUUCACUUGAUGAGUUUUACUGUGCUGACACAUUCUGGGUGUGCCUGUCCAGCUGACUUAGAGCAUGGCUACAAUGACAGAAUGCACAAAGCUUGGUUUGAUUUCUUUCUGUUACUUCUCCCUGUUUCGUUUCCAUGUAUUUUAUUAGCGUUCGGCAAUACUUGCAGGUUUAUAUGUGCUGCUCAUUGCAGAAUCUGUGCCAGUUUAGUAUGGGGCAGUAGGCAGAGUCAGGCAGGGCAAGAGAUUUGGGGUGAAGUGUUUUUGGAAUCUUCAGGAUAUUCAGGGUUGGACAGCUGGGAUAUGAACCGGAAUCAGUUUACUGAACUAUGCCAUCCUAAAAACUCUCAACCCCUCCCAACAUAUAGUGCCUGAACUUUCUAAAAUGUUUUCUUUGAAUGAGCUCUGAGAUUAAAGACAAAAAAAAGUAUUAUGUGUGCGCAUUUAGCCAAAGGGUUUCCAUUUAAUGAAUUUCAUAUAUAUAUAUAUAUAUAUAUAUAUAUAUAUAUACAUGAGUAUGUAUCCAACCGCCAAGGGUUCUGUCAUUUUAGUCUAGAGUUUGAAAAGGUUUAAUGUCAUGCCUGUAUCUGUUUGUUAUAAUAGCAAAUCAAAAGAUGGAUGAAAUGGUGAUUAAUUGUCCCACAAGACGCUAAUUUCCUUGAG